AUGCUUUGAAACAUCAUUCUAUCUUUAUUUUCAUGGAAUGUAGAACAAAGAUAAAAUGAUGUUUCAAAGCAUCCAGAACAUCUUCCCGACCGCAGCCUUUAUAUACAAAACAACAUAUUAUGAUAUUUUAUUUUAAUUAAGAUCAAAAUCUAAGAAAAUAAAUUUAUUUAUCUGAAUUUUUGAGGGAAGUGCACUUCCUCAAAAUACAUCUUUUUAUAUGAAAAACAUCUUGUGUGAAUAACAAGGUGAUUAUAUAAAAUAAUGUUCUCGAAAAAUGUCAAGACAACAUUAUUGUGUGGUUCAAAAAUACUGAGCAAUUCUUUUAUGUUUGAGGCAGCAAUAUAUUGGGCAGAAAAGGGACAUCGUGUCGUUUAUAUUACGCCAAGCCCUCUAGCAAAACGACCAGUUGUUUGUCAUGAUAGAAAUAAUCCAGCAGUUGCGACUCUCGAUCUAAUGAGAUUUAUAUAUCUGCCAGCUUAUGAAACUUUUAUAGAACAACUUGUGAAAUUGCAUACUUAUGCAGCUGUACCUUCUGUGCUUUUGAUAGACGAUUUGGAUAAUUACUUCAAUGAUGAAGCUGUUAAAAAUGUUUCAUUUAUGCACAUUGCUAGAACUUGUGCUUUGAUAUCCCAUUCAAUGAAAUCAUGUUCACGAAUUUUAAAAAUGAAUGUUUAUGUGUGUGUUUGGACCAAUUCGAUGCUUAUUAAUAAUUUCCUUCAAACAAUCUAUUUUCGCAAUAUCUGGAAUUUUACAGAAGAAGAAGAUGGAAAAAUAAUAUUAGUGGAAAAAUUUGCUAUUGGACUAUCAUUGAAGUCAUCAUACAGAUAUCAUAAAUUCGAAGAUGGAAUGCGUGUUCUUCAACAAAUAUGCAAUUCGAUGGAAGAUUAAUGAUGUAUUUUUUAA